AUGUCUGACGAAAUUGUCUGGCAGGUUAUCAACCAGCAGUUCUGCUCCUAUAAGCUCAAAACCACAAAAGACCAAAACUUCUGCCGCAAUGAAUACAAUGUCAGCGGUCUCUGCAACCGCCAGUCCUGCCCGCUAGCCAACUCUCGCUAUGCGACCAUCCGAAGCGACCCCGACACCGGCGUCAUGUACCUGUACAUGAAGACCGUCGAGCGUGCCCACAUGCCCAGCAAAUGGUGGGAGCGCGUCCGCCUGUCCUCCAACUACGCCAAGGCUCUCGAGCAGGUCGACGAGCGACUGAUCUACUGGCCCAAGUUCCUGACGCACAAGUGCAAGCAGCGUCUCACCCGCCUGACGCAGGUCAACAUCCGCAUGAAGAACAUCGCCAAGGAAGACGAGCGUCUGGGCGAGAAGCUGGUGCCGAAGCUUGCGCCGAAGAUCCGUCGUCGUGAGGAGACCCGCGAGCGGAAGGCCGAGUCGGCUGCGAAGGUUGAGCGGGCCAUUGAGCGCGAGCUGAUUGAGCGCUUGCGGAGCGGCGCUUACGGUGACCGGCCGCUUAAUGUUGAAGAGGGGAUUUGGAAGAAGGUCCUGCGGGGUCUUGAGCGCGCUGGUGAUGGUGAGCGUGAUGUUGAUAUGGAUGAUGGUGAGGAGAUUGAGGACGAGGAGGAAGAGGGUGUUGGUGAGGUUGAGUAUGUUAGUGAUCUUGAUGAGGAGGAGGAUCUUGAGGAUAUGGAGGAUUGGCUGGGUGUUGACUCGGCUGACUCCAGCGACUAUGAUGAUGAGGAUGAGAGCGACGAGGACAGUGACAGUGAGGAGGAGGCUAGUGCGGAUGAGAAGAAACCUAAGCCUAGUGCUAAGCGGAAGGCUCCUGCUCCUGUCGCGAAGCCUCGCAAGAAGGGACCUCGCAUUGAGAUCGAGUACGAGACUGAGGGAGCUGGUAAGGACCAGCUCAUGGCAUGA